UCAAGCAGGAAGGCGCAUCGCCCGGCGCUAGCGGGAUGACAACGGUUGGAGCGAGCUCGCAACAGCAGCCUGCUACAGUCUCUGAGUGGGGUGACUGGAGGGAGGACGGGCCCGCAGGCAAGGGUAUCCAGGGGCGAGACUGGGUGCUCGUGCUUGAGAGGGACGGGCAUCAUAAGAAAGCUUUGCAGAGGCUGUUGAUGAAGCUUUCUUGAGCAGUCGCACCCGGAAAAGGGCAUAUUGGAUGCGUUCCGCUGGAAGAUGGCCGUAAAGCUUUGUCUCCAGCAAGUGUUAAUUAUCGAAUACGGAUGCCUUUAGCGAUGGUGUUGGACCGGUACCAAACGAAGCAUACAGAUCGACCGCAUGAUACUGU